UUUUGGUCAGGGCAUGUCAGUUCAUUUUUGAUAACCGACGGUGACAAUCGCACAAAAACCCCCACCCAAGCCGCACAAUGAAUCCUCUGACGGUCGUAGCAGUCCUCUCCUCGAUGGCCCUCUCGGCUCAGGCUGGUCUGGUGGCUCCUCUGGGCGGCCCCCUGGCGGCAGCUCCUUUCGGCGCACCACUGGCCUACUCCUCGCCUCUGGGCGCCUCGCCAUACUUUGCCCCGGCCGCCUACUCGGCUCCUCUGGGCUACUCCGCCCCUCUGGUGGCCAGGAACUAUGCCGCUGCUCCCCUAGCUGGUCCCUUCGCUGCACCAUUCGGUGCACCAUUCGGUGCACCAUUCGCUGCUCCAGUUGCUGCGGCUCCUCUGGCCGCCCCAGUGGCUGCUCCAGUGCUAGCCAAGAACGUGGUCGCUGCUCCUCUUGCCGCUCCAGUUGCCGCUCCUCUGGCUGCUCCCGUGGCCGCUCCCAUUGCCACCGAGAUUGUGGACGCCCAUCCACAGUACAGGUUCGCCUACGAUGUCCAGGAUAAUCUGACUGGUGACUCAAAGACCCAGGAGGAGACCCGUGAUGGCGAUGUCGUGCGUGGCUCCUACUCCCUGAUCGAGCCCGACGGUUCCCGUCGCAUCGUCACCUACUACGCCGACGACAUCAACGGAUUCAACGCCGUGGUGCAGAAGGAUGUGCCCGUUGCCGUGGCCCCCGUGGCACCAGUUCUGGCCAAGACCAUUGCCGCUCCCGUUGCCCCCGUGGUGGCUGCUGCCCCAGCUCCGGUGUUCGCCAAGACCCUGGCCGCACCCAUCGUUGUCUGAGGACCGCCUGCAAUUCGACAAAGGACUUUCAUCUGUACAUAUUCGAUUAUUCAUUGUCGUGCUCUAAAAUGACUUUCAUCGCAACCCAACAAUAAAAGAAACUCCAAAAAACUUUUGUGAU